GAGGGCUCUGCCCACUCCGUGUCGUGCAAAGUUUAGAUUUGAUGCGGAUAUCAACAUUGGUCGCACGCUCCUUGAAGAGGCCUGUCAUGAGGCCCGGGGAGCGCCUUUUCUGGAAGCCAGUACUCUACUUGAAGCACUGCAAGAGCACCUACAGGCUCAGCGGAGGGGGGUCCGGAUUGCUGAUGCUGUCCCUCCGCCUUUCGCCUUGUCACUCGAUUCCCUGAUUGACCCCUCCAGUCAUCUCGGGGAAGGGCGCAAGAUGGAGACGGAGGUUUUCGACCUUGAUGCAGGGCAGUGUGUUUUGCCCUGCUCAAUGGCGGACUACUAUGCGGUUGUUCAAGCCAAAACUUUUGCCGCAUUGCGUGGCCCCCCGGGCGGUCUAUCUCAGCCAGAGCGGUUCGAGAGUUGGGUAGCCAAUGGCUGUGUGGGCAGAUCGCCCGCCCCCGGGGAAUGCCUUGUGAUCACUGCAGAUGGUUCGUACUUCCCACAUAUACAGGCCAUAGGUUGGGCAAUAGUGCUGAGUUUGCGGGGUCAGGCAACGAACUCUGUGGAGCAAUUCAUAGGCUGCUGUUUUGGGAGUGCCUCUGCGUUCCUUUCUGAGGAUACCACCAAUGCUUUUGGCGCUGAGGUUGUUGCCCUGCUGUGGGCUGCGGUAGCAGCCCUGCAACUGCCAAUCGCAGGCGAGGUCCUCUUCCGUGCCGAUAAUCAGUCCGCGCUUCACGGCGCAGAGGGCAACUUCGACAUGCCAGCAUAUCCGGCCUGCGUGGCCCUUCAAUGCUUUCACAUGGCUUUUCGUUUUCACUGCCGUCACGGAGUAAGGUACGAAUAUGUACCGGGUCACCAGGGGGACGCGGCUAAUGAGCUGGCCGACGCUUUGGCCAAGUUCGGCGCUGUAAGAGGCAUUGAAACUGCGGAGCCUUUUACUUUCCGUAGAGACUUCUGGCUUCGUGAAGGCGCUGGGGCCGCGCGAUGGCUCCCGCACUUCUGCGUGUCCGUAUGGAGGCCGUGGCAGCUGCCGAGGACAGAUGAUAAUUUCUUUACCUGGGGCAAGGAUGCCGCGGCUCCGAGGCUUACUGCGGCGCAGCUCAUGCAUCCGUUUACCCGUCCGCUUGCGGGUGUGCCCAGCAACACUGACAGUUCGGCCGUUACCUCCCGGUCCUGUGUCCUAGCAACGUUCAACGCUCUAUCUCUACUUCCCCCCGACAAGGGCAGUGAGGGCAGUGCUGCUGGACUACACGGUGCCACAGGUAGGAUCACGCUCCUCAAUGACUCGCUUGCGCGCGCCUCUGUAGGUAUAGCUGGCAUACAAGAGGCGCGGACGCCGGCGGGCACGUACUGCACUAAGGAUUAUAGGCGGUUUAGUGCAGGCUGCACGGAGCGUAAAGGGCUGGGGGUUGAAUUGUGGGUCCGCCUUGAGGAUGACCUUCAGGGUAAUAAAGUUGCGAUCUUACAUAACGAUCCAACUAGGCUCAUAGCCAGACUUGCUUUCGCAUCCUUGCAAUUGCUCGUUUUCGUUGGUCAUGCCCCACACAGGGGAAGGACAUGCGAGGAUCGUGUUGCCUGGUGGCAGGCCACUGCAAAGCUGUGCUCCGCUGUAGGAACGGAUGCGGAGUGGCUCCUUCUUAUCGACGGAAAUUGCAGAGUAGGCAGCCAAGUUUCUGAGCACAUCGGGUCACAUCAUGCAGACCCUCAAGACGAGGGGGGCCAGAGUCUUCAUGACUUGCUUGCGCAGUUGGGAGCCUGGCUGCCUAGUACCUUCGAAGCCUCCAUGGUGGGGCCGGGAGGUACCUUCCUUCAGAAGCAGACACAUUGCCUACAGCGGUGCGACUAUAUCGGUGUGCCACUGGGUUGGAAGAGAUGGAGGAUCCGGGCGGAGGUUGCGCCUGCGAUUUCGGCAGGACAUGCCGUCCCUGACCACUUUGCGCUCCUUACCUCGUGUGACCUGCACUUUCAUAGUCCUGCCCGUAGGCAAAAGGUUAAGCGCAUCGACCCUGCUGCACUACGACGACCGGAGAAUGCUGACCGCAUCAGCGCCAUCAUUGCUGCUGCCCCCCCUGUUACGUGGGAUGUUAGUGUUCAUGACCAUGCGGCAAUUGUAGUGGAGCACCUGUUUACCGGACUUUCGGCAGCAUUCCCGCUUCAGGGCAGACGCAUGCGCAAAUCUUUCCUUUCUGAAGAAGCAGGCGUGCUGCAUGCGGAGGAUAAAGGAAUGGACUUCGAUGCAUUGGAUAAAAGGGCCCACAUUGAUCAGCUUGCGGAUGAUGUCCAAGCGGCCGACAAAGGGGAUGUGCACGUAGCCCUUAAGCGUCUGUUGCGGCCCAGGAAGUUCAGGCGACAAGGCCCCGACCCGCUGCCGAAAUUGAAGCGUACUGACGGGUCCCUCUGCACUACCCCGGCAGAGAUUAUACAGGCCUGGCGCUCUCAUUUCGCGUCGCUUGAAGGCGGUCGGGAAGUCUCGGCUGACCAGCUGGUGCAGGACUGCCUAGAAUUCCAACGUCAACAGCCGGCACUAGAUACCCUUGAGUGGGCGACGGUUCCCGACCUGUGGGCGCUGUCCUCUGCCUUCAGGCAGGUCGAGCCGGCCAAAGCCGGUGGCCCGGACGGGCUGCCGCCCGCUAUAUGCCGCAAGUUCUCAUGUCAGAUGGCGACUUUAUUUUAUCCGGUGCUGCUCAAGGCUCUGGCAUACAUGGCGGAGCCCAUAGGGCUGAAGGGGGGCUCCCUAUUUAGGUGUUUCUUGGAGUACGCCAAGCGGAAAUCACUGCCGGCGGCGAUUGUCUUCACGGACAUUAGCUCCGCGUACUACGCAGUCAUACGGGAGCUUAUAGCAGGUGGCAGACUGCGUGGAGCCUCACUGGCCGAUAUAGCUGCGUCCCUGUCGCUCACUGAUGAAGACUUGCAGCUGCUUCAGAGCUUUGUCGCCGAUGAUCCUGUUUUGAGCGACAGCGAAGGAGGCGGACUCCUUGCUGCGCUUACGCGCGAACUCCACCAGGGGACAUGGUUUUUGAUGCGGCAGGAUAAUGUCUUGGUUGCCACACAACGAGGCACCCGACCCGGCAGUAGCCUGGCCGACAUCCUAUACAGUCUUUUAUUUACCAAGGUCCUGGACCGCAGGGGAGCCUUCGGAGACGAGUUCCAGCCUCCGCGCAUCCCAUGGAGCGGGGCCCGUGACUUGUCGCCGUUUGAUGCGCGCAAGGCCGGCAACUCGGCGGUCCUUGCCCAGGACCUGAUUUAUGCGGACGACUUAGCCACCUGUCUGCUUGCGCGCACGGCAGGCGAACUCCCCACGGCGGUACAACGAGUCGCGGGGUGUAAUAUGGACGUGCUUGCGGGACAUGGCCUCAAGACCAACCUGGGGCCUAAGAAGACAGCCUCUGUCAUUGCGCCUGCCGGUCCGGGAGCGCGGGAUACUAGACAGCGCGUAUUCUCCGUUGCUGGGGGGCGCUUGCCUGUCCUUCGAGACAACGGCCCGGGGGUGUGGCUGCAGGCCGUGCCUUCAUAUAAGCACUUAGGCUCCGUGAUCACGUUUGAUGGCUCCUUGGUGGCUGAGGUUAAGAGCCGGCUGCAUGCGGCCAGCAUCUGCUUCAGAGAAGGACGCAGGGAUGUCUUCUGUUCGGCACGUAUCAAUCUCUCUCGCCGAGUUGAACUGUUCAAGCUUCAUGUUCUCACCUCGCUUUUUGCGGGGAGUGGAGCGUGGCCCUGGAUGUGUGAAGCUGCCUGGAAGAAGCUGGAGGCAGGCCUUUUUAAUAUGGCACGGCAGCUGGUGCGGAUCCCGCAUGACGUGGAGCAGAACUGGACGAGACAGCAAGUGCAUGCUGCUUUGGGCCUUCUCCCAUUGAGCGGACAGCUGGCCGUGCAGAGGCUGCGCUUUCUCGCGCAGAUUGUGAAAACAGGUCCUAAUGAGGUUUUCGCUCUGUUGCAACAAGCGCCGCGGGCGAUGCAGGCCUUCAGUUGUGCUGAGUCCUGGAUGCAGGAGGCCCUGCAGCAUUCGGGUAGCUUAGGUCCUUUCGGUUCUAAGUGGGAUGCUUGGUGCGAGGUCUUUAGGCAACCAGGCAAGUGGAAGGGCAUGCUGAGGCGCGCUGAGGCCUGGCACCUCGGCAAGCUGCGCGCUGAAGCGGCGCUACAGGCAUUCUCCAGGCAGUACUGGGAGCGGCUUCCGGUGCCGGUCGUGGAACUGCCCUCUGCACAGCAUGCUUGCAUGCAAUGCCGCAUAGCCUUCCAUAACUGCCACGCGUGGUCCGCCCACGUUAUGCUGGGCUUCAACCAGGACGAAGGGACGGUCCUUGCAAGCUGUGAGGGCACUCCGAAGUGCGAGCUACUGCAUAAAGGUUCCAACAUGACCAAAGCAGAUUUCGAACUUCUCCUGACUACGGAUAUGUUCAACAUCAGCAACGACAAGAUCGAUGAUGUCCUUUCUGUGUAUGCAGAUGCGAGCAACACUUCAUCCACCGAUUGGUACUGGACGGCGACAAAAGUGUACGGAGACUAUGCCAUCGCCUGUCCUUCCCUCCGCGCUGCUCAUCAACUUGCCAAGAUGAGCAGCAAGGAGACGUUUCUCUACGAGUUUUGCCAAACACCAAGGGCACGUGCACCCAGCUGGGCAGGGAUUUUCGGUGAG